UUUCAUGGUGCGUGUUAUUUUUAAAAAGUGUUUCAAAUUGCAUUAAAAAGCCUCUUUCUUUAAAUGGAAUAAUUUAAUUUCCACACAAUGCCUUUACUUUUCCAAGGUCUUUAAUCGCUUUAACUUUUGACCCGAAUAAAUUAUUUUUUGUUCAGUUUGAAAAGACAUUUGAAGAAAUUUAGUGUAGCUAAAGUAUUACAAGUUGAAUUGCAUUGUAAUCUCACAAUUAAUUAUGAUAUAAAAGGGUUUUAAUGGAACGUAAAAGAAGACCUAAUAAAAUUGUCUAUGCUAAUGGGAAUGCCUUUCACACUCGUAGGAUCAGUGCAAGGGCCAAUACAAGAUACUUACGAUGCACAUUUUACAAUAAAACAGGGUGUAAAGCGUCUGCUAAAAUGCCACUGAAUGAUACAAAUGGAGAAAUUAUAUUAAUGUAUGACAAGCAUAAUCAUAAUUUAGAUUUAAAGAGCGAGUUCAAGAGGGCCUUAAGAGCAGAGGUUUGUAAAGGCUUUGGGUCAUACAAAGAUAUUUAUGAAGACGUGUCACUGAGAUUUCCGGGAGCUGCACAACUUUGUCCUUAUGAAUCGAUUAAAACCGCUUUGUAUCGUUGGAAACAAAUUUCGUUAAUGAAAAAAGGUCCUAAUAAUAAAAAUACAACAGUGAUACCUGAAAAUAGUGCUAAACCUACAAAAGCAAGCUUUUCUGAUAAAAUAAACUUAGAAAUUGCAGAAAUGUGUAGCGACACUUGGAACGAAGACAAUAUAGCGGCACUAUCAAUAUCUGAACUUACAAAUCUUUGUGAAUCGACAAGUCUAGAUUAUUCAAUUGCAGAUCUAACUGAUAACACUAUACCAUCGCAAACAGAAGUUGUAGAUCAAAGCGUAAAUAGUAAAAAAAGAGAUAUUGCACUAAUCACAGACGAAAAUCAGAAUAUUCAGGACCUUUUGGCAACUACAGACGAUCUUAAAAAGCAGAUUGAAGACUUGAGAGACAACAUAAUAACUCUUACCAACCAGAUAGCAGAAGAACGUUCCGAGAGAUUAAUAUUACAAAAUACAAUUGAAAAAUUUGUUGGGGGUGUUGGAGACGAUAUAAGAGAUGAUAUACUAGCAGCAGAUAUAUUUUUUCAGUGAUUUUCGGAGUAAACAAAACCACCACACCUCAUCAUAAGAAGUUGAAAUAGCAAGAAACUCCUGUCCAUUUUGUCAUUCAUUUAAUAUUAAUUUUUGAUAAACCAAAGUUUUAUACAGGUUUUUCUUUUAGUUAUAUUAA